AUGACGAUGAACGUGGACGUCGUGCGCCAGAAGCUGCUGGACAGCGACACGAACACGGUGCUGAAGGAGCUGGUGGAUCUCUACCGUCGGGCCGAGAUCCUGCACACGCCGCAGCUUGGCCGCAUCCUCGAGGUGCUCUUCCCUGUCUGGAAGACCCUCUUGCACAGUACAUUACCGCCUCAGCGACGCGCUACGACACCGAAUCGCUGUCGGAAGGUGCUGCUGCAGAUUAUGAACCGACUUCCGAGCAAUGAAGCCGUGCGGCCGUACGUCCCGCAGCUGCUGCAGCUGCUCAUGGAGGUCUUGCAGAAAGACAACGAGGACAACGCAUUGAUUGCGCUCAAGACGCUGUUUGAUUUGCAUCGGAACUACCGUCCUGGACUGCGUAAUGAAGUGCAGCCAUUUCUGGAACUUGUCCAGCUUAUGUACAAGAACUUACCCACGACGGUGAAGAAGCAGUUCAGUGCACCGCUGGAUACUCUCAGGUCCGGCUCCGUAACGAUGACGACAAGUGCUGUUGCUGCUGCAAACGCUGCAGUAAUACUAGGAGUUGACCCAGAGGCAGCAAAAGAAGCACCGUCUGAAGUGGGUAAAGAAACGGUUAGUGCAACAAGUGGUACUACGACGGACUUUAAACAAGCAGGGGCAAUAGCAGGUGAGGGAAGUUCAAAUACCAGUGGAACGAGCGCAACAGCAGCCAUUGAUCCAGCACUAGACAGCAAUGCUGCUAGCUCCGCAAAUGCUGAAAUCAGAGAGGUCGUCACGGACGAGCCCAUUUGUAGCAACCUGGAGUCAUUUAAGACGAUCUCGGAACUGCCCCUGAUCAUUAUGCUGCUCUUCCAGUGUUACCCGAGCUAUAUUGAAGGCUACAUCCCAGUAUUGGUGCCGUUGAUGAUGUCAGCAUUGGCAUUACGGGCGCCAGAUACGGCCAUUGGUUCGCAGCCUUUGCGGUAUUUGGACUUUAUGGAUUGCCAAGUAAAGACGCUGUCCUUUGUGACAUACCUGUUGCGCGGAUGCGCGAGUCUCAUGCGUCCUUUUCAAGAUGCUAUAUGCGAGAGCACUGUCAAAUUGCUUGUCGUCUGUCCGAAAGAUGCCUUUGUGCUGCGGAAGGACAUCUUCGUAGCCGCCAGGCACGUCAUUUCUACCGACUUUCGACGAGGCUUUUACCCACAGCUUGAGCUCCUCAUGAAUGAUGACGUGCUUGUUGGAAAAGGACGUUGUAGCUUCUACCAGAUUCGUCCGCUGGCGUACUCGACUCUUGCCGAUAUGAUCCAUCACGUUCGAGACAUGCUAACACUCGCGCAAGUGAGCGCCAUUGUGGAAUUUUACGGCAAGCGAAUUCAUGACCCAACGCUGCCCAUUUCGAUACAAACGACCAGCAUUCGACUGCUGCUCAAUCUGGUCGACAUUAGUGCCAAGAAUGAGGACAUCGAUGCAUGGAAAGGCCGUAAUAUCCUGUCACGUAUUUUACUGAUUAUUUCCAGUAAGUUUGGCACGACGUUAGCACACCUGCCUACGGCUCUUGCCACGACGCUACGCAGUAAGUCAGGCGGGGACAGAAAUGACUUGUUGGAAGGAGGCGCCAUGGAUAAGAUCAAACACUCUAGCUUGCUUCCACGCGAAGUCGUGCAGAAAACGCAAUACGAGAGAAAGUUGGAGGCACUAUUGUUGCCGCACGUGCGCGCUCAGCGCCCUGCAGAUUCCAUCUUUGAGGAAGAACCAAGUAUUCGCGACAUCAAGUCACUAUUGCGGACAAUGAUCUUAGGUAUCCGUGCUGUUAUUUGGUGCACAGCCAAUUAUCGAAAUCCACAUGCCAAGGAUCUAUCUUUCGUCGACGCCAAUACAGCGGAUGGAAGUGGUUUGGCUGCUACAUCAGCUUCACAAGGGAUUCAUUCUGGCUUAGGCGUACACUCGGUCGACGCAGUUGGGAGUUUAUCGAGUCGAGCGUUCGGAAGCGAGCAUUUGUACCCACUGACUGAUGAUGAGCGUCUACUCAUCGUGAAAGUGCUUCGGAACGGACUGCGGUGCUUCAUUCUAUACACGUUAUCAGAAAACACACUGUCAGAGGAAAAACAAAUGCUGGACCACUUUGCCGGUGCAUUCACCGUAUUGGAAGCAACAGACUUUCGUGAUCUUUUUAUUUCCAAUAUCCAGCUACUCUAUGAGUGCAUUCUCCAAGAUCAUGCUAUUCUGACGAUUCCCCAGCAUUUCUUGGCUAACUCGAAUGUGAGCUGCUGGUUUGCCGAGAUUUUGUUGAAAUUUUUGAUUACACAAAUGGAGGAUCUGAGUGUUGACGCUGAGGGAAACCUACCUGAUACCAAACGCCUGGAAAAGGUCAUGAUGAUUGAGAAUUUGAAGUUCGAGAAGAUGCGACCGGUACUCCAAGUGCACCGUGCGUCUAUUGUACUUAGAUUGUUCAAGAUUGUCUUCGGCUCGGUCACGUUGUUUAAGUCGAAUGAAUCGGCGCUGUUUCCACAUUUACGCACGAUUAUCGAGUCGUGCUUGAAGCAAGCGACGUUUACGAAACACCCUGACAACUAUUUGCUGUUGCUGCGUGCCCUAUUCCGGUCAAUAUCAGGCGGUAAAUACGAAAACUUUUACAAGGAGGUUUUUCCGUUGCUACCAGGCGUGCUGUCAGCGCUGAUGCGGUUGCAAAAGCACAUGGCCAAACCAGCAAUGCAGGAGGUGCUUCUGGAGCUGUGCCUGACGAUUCCCGCAAGAUUGAGCUCACUACUACAGUACCUACCUUCUCUAAUGAAAUCGGUCGUGCGGGCGAUAUUAUCGCGUGGUGAGCUCGCGUACUUAGGACUACGGACGCUUGAGUUCUGGGUAGAUAAUCUCAACCCAGACUUUCUUUAUCCCAUUAUGACAUCUCAGGAUCGGUUGCUUACGGAGAUCAUUGAGGCACUGAAUACGCACCUUAUUCCACCUCCGUACCCGUAUGGUGAAUUAGCUAUGCGGAUCCUUGGCAAAAUCGGCGGGCGAAAUCGACAAUAUCUCAUGGAUUCGCUGAACUUAGACUACCAAGAACAUGCGUUCACUCGAUUAGCGUUCACAUUUCAAUGGAGUGAAACAGGGGACGACAAUGAUAUCGACAUGGGCGAUGGCGUCAUACUCACGAUGAAUAACAAAUUCCCGAUGGAGAUGGAUGUGCUGGUUGCGCAGGCAACAAAAAUACUCCGUAUGUAUUUGCGAAAGUCUUCGGUGGAGCGCAGUAGUAACAGUGGCAAGUUUGAUUCGCGGCUUGCCGAUGCUGACGAGUUUGAAGAAAGUGAAAAUUUAGCUAGUUCCUCUUUCUUGCUUGAGAAAGAUGACAAGACGCUUCAGUUGGAGACAGAGACAUUAGGAAAAAUCCGCGGAUUCAUUCUCCGGCAUAAACGUACGGCAUUUUCUUUCGUGUCUCGCGCGGCUCUAGUAUCACUUAACGUCAACCACUAUGCGAAUGCCGGUGAAGAGGUAGAUAAAAAUGAGGUUAUGGCAAAUAACGUGGGUGCACAGCAUACGAAACCACCGCGGGGAGUGAUUUUGCAGGAGGCAUUACGAUCCACACGUGAACAGCUACUGCAAGGAUUGUUCGAGGCGAUGGUGGAUAUUGAUGUUGGUUCGGAGGCGAAGGAAAUUUUGAAAGGCAUUGCAGGUCACUUAACCCUAUUAUCUUUAGCCAAGUGCUCACGUGAACAGCCUGAUGUUGCUGUGCUUUCGUCGUUGCAUCCGUCAACAUUGUAUGCAGCAACAAGAGGCCUAUCGCCCGGGCGAAAUCUGGCGACGUCAAAACGAAUCGAAACAAUACGCCAAGCGACAUACGGCGCCGCCGAAAUGGCGGAUACCGACGUGACGAAUGAUUUCUAUUCGUUUGUGCAAGUAACAGCAGUAGCGCUAGGUUCCCCUGAUCAACGUACCGUCGAUGCCGCAACAGGGAUUGUUACUUCUAUCAUUCAGACGGCGGUCGCGCAGUUUGACUCACCACAGUUAGCUAUAGAACGCGGGGGUGCGUUUUUUAAUAGUAUUUGUGAGGUUUUUGUGCAUGGAUGUUACGGCAAGGGAAGUUGGCGUCAGAAGCUGGGAGGUGUAAUCGGCAUCAAACUUCUCAUCAAUUCGCUAGAGACUCAGUGGUGUCACGAAAAUGAGCUUACGAUAAUGAAGGCGUUGUUCUUCGUCCUUUCAGACCAUCCACUGGAACUGAGUACGACCAUAAGUUCUGAGACCGGUGAGACACUAGUGGAAGCUGUAAAAACAGCUUGGAAAGUUCGUGUCGGAUAUGUGGACCGACUCGGCGACGAUGCUGCUAAGAUUGAAGGCUUUUUGUCGUGUGUUGCCUUCCAGGAUACCGAGGUAUUUCAGAUGUUUGUGGUGGAACUCCUCAGUCCAAAUGCACCAACACGACAGUAUGCGAAACACUGUAUAACCACGGUGGCGUCGCUGCAGAAAACAAGUGUUUCAGCCGUGCUUUAUCCGUACCAUCAAUUGAUCAGUAAGCAGAUCACUGGGUGCAAUCUACGCAUGUUGCCUAGCAGUACCAGGACGGGUUAUGUGGACGCGAUGGCGUUCGCACUGUCACUAGAUCCACCGAUCUUUUCGCUUACAAAGGAGAUCAUGACUUUUCUUCAGGAUGUGUGGAAGCUAAUCUCGGAGGACUCACAGCGCGAUGGAGUAACAAUGAUCGGGGCUGAGAGUCCAAACAAUACUGGAGACGCCACGCCAGCAAUCCCUGGUUCAAGUGUUUCGGCCCAAGAAUAUCCAUUUGGACUGUCGCAAGCGUGUGAACUGCGCAUUGCCGCCGCAAAACUCCUCCGAGCGGCGUUUCUAUCAGCGCCCGAUGACCUUAAUCAGAACCCCGAGUAUCGCAAUCGCUUCGUGGGUGUAUUCUUUCGGUAUCUGACGGGUCAACCCCCAGAGCUGGUACAGGUAGCUCAGGAUGCGUUAACAGACGUGAUCCAGCUGAACGAGCAAAACAAGGAUGUGUUUCUACCGAAGGAGCUUUUGCAGCAGUGUUUACGGCCUGUACUUCUAAACCUGGCUGACUAUCGGAAGCUUAAGCUACCAUUACUUGAAGGACUAUCCCGUCUAUUGACGCUGUUGAGCAGCUGUUUUAACGUGACACUCGGGGAAAAGCUACUGGAACACUUGAAGCAGUGGCGGGAUCCGGACCGAAUUAUCAACGCAGGAAUUUGGAAGCGAGGCGAAGAACCCACUGUAGCAGCAGCGAUUGUGGACCUAUUUCACCUGCUGCCCCCGAAUGAUGCGUUUUUGGAGCCACUCAUUAAUUGUGUGGUGGACCUUGAGGCCGUGCUGUCAAAAUACGGAAGCUACGGCAAAAUGAGCUCGCCGUAUCGAAGUCCACUGACGCGUUUUUUGAACCGCUACGCGUCCAUGACCGUCUCGUUCUUUUUGAAGCGUGAGCAUUUGGUUGAAGAGAAAUAUUCGUCGCUUUUCCAGCAACUUAUCAAGCUGCCAGAGGCAGCUCCUCUUCGUGCGGUCAUUAUUGAUGAUGGAGGGGCCGAAUCAGUGCUGGAGGCAACGUGUAAUGCAGCUCUUAAGCUUGGCGCUAGUUUCGGAGACACCAAUGCGAGUGCAGGCGCGUCAAGUGAUGACAAGGUGCAGGUUCAGAUUCAGUUGAAUGCACAGAAAGCGGCAACACAGGCUGUAGCAACUGCUCAGGCUCAAGGAAUGACAGCCUCUGCGGCGGAGGCUCGUGGGGCACAAGCUCGUGCGGCAUACGUAGUGAAAGCGCAGUCUCAAGUAAGUGCUCAGCAAGCCUUGAAGGUACAGUCACAAGUGCAAAUUCAGGCCAAUGCGCAAAAAUUGCAUGCGCAGACACUAGCAGUAGCACAGGCACAAGGACUGUCGCUGGUGCAAGCCCAAACGAAAGCUCAAUUCGCCAGCAAGGAGUACAUUGCUAAAGCUCAGAGCCACAUUUCGUCUACAGCUAUGCAAGCUUCCCUGCCUAAUCCAAUGAUGAACUUACUGGUCACGCAGCAGCAAGCACAGCAGCUACAAGCUCAAAUACAAGUGAACGCCCAGAAAGUUCAUGCUCAAGCUCUUGCAACUGCACAAGCGCAAGGACUGAAGCCAAUGCAAGCGCAGGAAAAAGCGAAACAGGCCCAGGCAACAUACGUACAUCGUGCGAAUGCCCAAGCUCAGGCAAAACUCGCUCGAGCUCAAAGCCAAGGGUCAUCUCUGGCGUUGGGCGACAGCUCAACUGCUGUCCCCAGUGGUCCAUUUACAUCCAGUGCCCAGCGAGAGGCAUUAGAACUGCAUUACCAAGGAUUGCGAUUAAUCCGAUCAAUUAGCAAGCUCCAUCCGUCGUGGUUGGCGUCACAGACGGUGAUCAUCGAUUGCUUGAGAAAGCUUUGGCGAUCGUCAGCCCGUAUUCAGCGGCUUGCGGGGCAUGAUCGGCUCCCUAUUAAGUUCCACCUUGAGUCUAAGUUGCUCAUCAAAUGUUUGAUUACGUACAGUCGUGUCAAGCAAGAAGACGUGCAGGUGCCACUGGAUAUGGUCUCGGUGUUUCUACACCGAACGCCUUUUGAUUAUAGCUUCUUGCAGAUGUUUUAUCGUGAAGAAGUUGCGACGAAGUACAGUGCUGCAAACAAGCGCAACCUUGUCCGACUAUUUCUGCGCAUGCUUCGUGAACCUGGUGCAUCCGAGGAGUUAAAGGUACAUGCCAUUCAGCUGUUAAUAACGCCCGUCUUAACUGCGUCGUUUGAGGAUCCGAACGUCAACAAUAUCGACGUGGUGGACCUUGACACAGUUAUGUGGAUGUUACGUGAGAUUUUGGCGAGCAAGGAUUCUCCACCGGAUGCGAUGCAAAGCCUUCAAAUUGAAUUGCUCAAGCUAGGUACAUUGCUCAUUCAGCACAUGAGCAAGUACGUAACGGACUACCGGAAGGAAGUGAUAAAGUUUGCAUGGAACCACCUGAAGGCUCAUGACUUGACUUCCAAGCUUUGGGCGUACGUGAAUGUUUGCCGGUUUAUCUCCGUGUACGAUACUCCGCCGAAAAUUGUCUUGCAAGUGUAUGUAGCUCUGUUGCGGACACAUGAGAUGGAUGCACGUUUUCUUGUACGCAAAGCGUUCGAUAUUCUCUUGCCGGCCUUGCCAAAUCGACUGCCGUCCAACGAAUUUAUCAAAGCCAUCAAGUGGACGAAGAAGAUCGCUUACGAAGAAGGUCAUGUGCUUGGGCAGCUCGUGCAUAUUUGGUUUCUGAUAGUUCGUCAUCCAGCGUUAUUUUAUCCGUUCCGCGGCCAGUUUAUUCCCCUCAUGGUGAAUUCACUGAACCGCUUGGCAAUUCCUCCGAGUAGUACGCCAGACAAUCGUAGGCUGGCGGUGAAUAUUGUGGAUCUGGUCAUUUCGUGGGAGCAGACACGUCAAGAUCGACUGACUAUGCGAGGUACUUGUUCUGGACCAAAGGUCUCAAGCCCUGCCGAAGAGCGAAAGCGAAGUUUGCCCGCAAUGAGCUUAGCAGCAGCGUUGGAAAAUACAUCAGACGAUCAUGCUGCAAAGAAACGGAAAAUCUUGGCAGCUGAAGGUGCUUGUCCAUCAGAUGCAAAAGCUUUGUGUAUUCAGGCGAGUACACAUCUUGGUGGAGGUGGAAAUAGCGGAUCACAGAAUCAAGUCCCGUCGCGAACACUGGCUGCUGGAUCUGGCCAGCAGCAAACACAAGUUGCGGCGUCGCUACCACCAGAAGCAAAUCGGGUGGCGAACAGCGAAGACGAUUUUGAGCUGAGUGGCGCUAUGGUUGAUUUGGUGAUCAACUUUGCUUUCCGCUUCGCACUUGCAUCUGCAGAUAAGCAGGAAACGAGCCGAUUGGCGAAAACUUGUGGUGAACUAUUUGACAAGGCACUUCGUUUGUGGCCGUCUGCAUCCAUCCGCUUUUCGUACUUUGACAAGCUCAUCGCUGUGACUGCGGAGACAGUUCUCCGACAGCAGCAACAUUUGCAGGCUAGUAUGAACGCUGCUGCAACUACCACUACCACUGGAUCAACAGGACCACAAGGUCCGAUACCAGCGCCAUUGUUACCGACAGUGAUGCCCUCAUUCUUUGCUAUUCCGAAAGGUGCUCCUCUAUCGUCGCUCGCGAUUCUCGACGCUGUCUUGGGUAUCUUGAACUCUUUAAUCUCACCCGAAGUCGUUCUGAUGUCCAAACGUCCGGUACCAUAUGUCAUUCAGUACGCACCGCGUAUAAUGAAACUGCUGGAGCCGUGUUUCGAUCGCCAGAGCCAUGAAAUUCAAGCGAGCCUGACGAGGUUCUUACGCCGCAUGGCAGAGUUGUAUCCGCCAUCUCGCGCACCUCAACCUUUAGUUGCCUGCAAAUUUUAUCCGUGGCUUCGUGAGAUCAUCAACGAGCGUCUCGUGAACGCAGCGAUGUUUCAGCAAGAUUUUGGCGUCGAUAGGACAGGCUUGUCCGGUGGACCGAGCGUGUUGGCCUCAAAAUCCAAGGGAAAAAAUGUGGCACAAAGUGUGACCGGACCGAAACCUAAAGAGCAGGGAGGACCGGGUGGCAAUGCUGUAGUAGGAUGUACUUCAGGCGAGCAGCGGAAGGAUCCGAGUGGCAUCAAUCCAUUGAUCAAUCACGAGGCAGCGCGCAUGCGCUUGCUGUUUUCACAACACCCCCGGACUACUAUGUCAUCCUCGAGCUACCCCGGCGAGUUUACUUUGAAACUGCUGAGUGGCCUAGCCGACAUGGCUCCAGAUUUCGUCGAUCAUUUUGCCCCGGCGCUGUUAAAACUAGCGCAGCAUUUCACACGUGAGCAUCUGAUUCAGCCGUCUACCGCUGGAGGCGGAGGUACUCAUGGUGGGAAACAUAUCGGGAGUAAUGACACAGCUAUAGGUGUAGAAAGUGGACAAGCAGUAGUGGAUUCGUUUGGACGGAACCGAGUGAUGGCUACACCGUCGUUAGCCAUUGUGAACGAAUGGAAUCAGCUGCUGGCGGGACGAUGCAACUUAGCGGUCAAUAAGGCUGUAAACAAGCGCGAGGUAGUAGGUGAUACAUCUGCGUCGAAGAAGAAGGGAAGGAGUAACGAUCAGUGUUUCGGUGUCGAAAUGGUGAACACAAAGGCGGGCAGUGCGAUGAAAAAAAAGAUGGGGACUGGUACAAACACUGCCUGCACGCCGGCUGGGUACACUGAUGGUGAUGGCAAGCGACCGAUCGAGCUCCUUGUCUUGUGCUACACUUUGCUGGCAAAGUGUACUUUCACGACGAGUGAACACCGCCGUCUGUAUAAGAAUUUGCUGGUGCACUGUUUGGAGGGCUCAUACAACAUUCCGCUUCUGCUUCAAAUCACAAAGAUUGUGGCGAAGAUGAUUGUCUCCACCGAUGCUCAUAAGCAAAUACUGACUACUAAAGACACAAUGACUAUGCUAAGCAAGAUGGCAACGUUCGACCGGCUCAACGAGAUAGCUGCUAUUCCGCUAAAUGAGGAAUACUACCAGCUGGUACUCAAGCUCUGUGACCCACCAUCGGGCAAUUCCAGCAGUCACGUUCCUCUGUUGCACCUGAGCCCGACUACACAGAGUCAUAGCCUCACGACACACUUUAUGGCGGGCUUGCUUGCUCCAGAUCCAGCAACGCGGGAGAAAUUCCUGAAAAUUUUCUUUGCAGCUAGCGGACCUGGUCCCGUGGCUCGCCUACAACUCGUGCUUCGCCAGGAUUGGCAAGCUUGUGGAACUAGAUACUGGCCUGUGAUUGCAAUCGAAACUUUAUUGGCAGCCAUCUCCCCGGCAACGCAACCAAUCGCUUCUGUUCUGCCAAGUCAAACAUCUUCAGCAAAUAGAGCGUGGACGAAAAAGUCUGUCCACACUGGUUUUCUUGACGGUUUUGGGCAGGUGGAAUCGUCAGAGCUCACGUCCAGUUUACGUGAGUUAGCACACAUUGAUUUGGAGCUAGCCAAAGAGUUGUGGGUAAGUUUGUUCAGUGCAGUGUGGAAUUUGCUGAAAGAGUCGGACCAGGUACAGAUGACAGGUCAAUUGCUGAAGAUAUUAGCGUCUAAGUACAACAAGCGUGACCUCAACGUGCCGCUUGGUCAGUCUACUCUACGCCGUACAAAUGUCGUACAGACGUUGAUGAAAGGAAUCAUAAGCACCAGCCCUAGUGCGCCAGUGAUGACACCUGAGCUUGUUCUGCACAUAGCGUCAGCCUAUGACGUGUGGAGCUGUGCGCUGAGGCUCUGCGAGUUUCACGCGGAGAAACCGGACCUCAAUGUCGAGAGCCGGCUGCGAUGGAUUGAAGCCCUCAGUGCGAUCUACAAGCAGCUGAGCGAGGAUGAUCUUCGUAUCGGAUUGAGUCUUGAAAAUGUCGAGCAGUCCGAGACGCGAACAGCACUGUCUCUGGAAGCGCUUGGCUGCGUCCAUGAAGCGCAGGAGGAAUAUUUCUCUAUGCUGUCGAAAACUCAAAGCGGACGUGUUAGCGCCAAGGAUGUAAAUCUCUUUGAGUUGAGGUUGUGGGAGGAGCGUUGGGUAGGAUGUGCGAAGCAACUGUGCCAAUGGCAGCUCAUGAAUGACUUCGCCAAGUCAACGCAGAAUCAGGAAUUGCUUCUCGAUUGUGCUUGGAAACGUGGAGAUUGGGCUUCGGCAAAACAGUUGCUGUUGUUGCCAUCAAUGCAGUCCUCAGCAGAGCUAGGAUGUCCACAGACCCGUCUACAACGGUUGUACAUUUCAAUUCUCGACGCAGACAAGCGCAGUGUUGUCGACAACCUUACCGCUCAGACCGCUGAGUUAGCGCUGCACCAAUGGCAAGGGCUACCACGAAUUCUUUCUCGCGCUCAUUUGCCACUUAUGCAUCUGUUCCACAAGUUUGUUGAGGUGAAAGAGUCGAUCCAGAUGAUGGAAGACAUUAAGUCUGCAAGUACGCAACACGCGGGUCUGCCGAACCUGAAGCCGUCUAUCAAUACGUGGCGGGAGCGCUUACCAAAUAAGUGGGAACCCAUUCUACUGUGGGACGAUAUUCUAACGUGGAGAUCACACAUGUUCCAAGUGGUCAAGACAACAUUUGCGUGGAGCGACGCGCAGGUGCUUGCCUGCAUGCACGAUAGUCCCUGGUCUGUGAUCAAACUUGCGCACACGGCUCGUAAACAGCGACUACCCGACGUGUGUCUUGGCGCGCUCGCAAAAUUGUACUUGAUUCCAGCGAUGGAUGUGCAGGACGCCUUUUCAAAGCUCCGUGAGCAAGUGAGCAUUUGCUACGAAAGUGCUACCGAAUAUUCCAGUGGACUUAGCAUCCUGAACACAACUAAUCUGGACUAUUUCAGCCUUCGGCAGAAGGCGGAGAUGUUUCGGCUAAAGGCACUCUUCUUAGAGGCACAAGGAUCGCUUCCGGAUGCCAACCAGACGUUUUCACAUUGUUUGCAAAUUUGCGAUAGUUAUGGCAAAGGGUGGCUUUCGUGGGGGCACUAUUGCUACCGGCUGUUCCUCGUGCAGAAAGAUCUCGCGCUGGCUUCACAGACCAUUGCAUGCUACUUGCAGGCUAUUCACCACAGGUGCAAUUCAGCACGUCUUAUGAUUGCGCGUGUGCUUUGGUUGCUGAACAUGGAUGACCGACGAGGAGUGCUUAUCCAGGCUUUUGAGACACACGGAAAGCAGUUGCCGAUCUGGAUAUGGAUCGUGUGGAUCCCACAGCUACUGGUGGCACUGGGGCGUCCAGAAGCACCCCAAAUUCGAGGCUUGCUGCGGGGCCUCUCAGCCAAAUUUCCUCAAGCGCUGUAUUACACGAUGCGAGCUUUCUUUCUAGAAAACCGUGACAAUGCUAUGAUGCCUACCAACCAACCACAAGCACCAGGUGCAGUAGGCUCAACAGGCGCGUCGCCUUCUACAGGUGGAAUGCCUCCAUCUGGGGCGCAUAUGUACUACCGGACAAAGUCCGGACACGUUGUCGGGGUCCCAUCGACUCUGCCGAUUGCACGAGUCCAGGAAGUUCCUGGUCUAGUUGGUCCACCUUGCCCGACACCCGCAGCUUUCAAUGCAGCUCCUGGCGUCGUAUUGUCACUGGAUACAUGGACUGAAAAGGUUCGUGCCAACAAUGGUGACGGCCAUUCACUGAAGGCUGAAGUCGGCCCUGUACAAUACACGGAGGACUUGUUGAACUUCUUGCGUCGAUCACACGACUCCCUUACGUUCGAGAUGGAGUGUAUGCUAGAAGAGUUGAUUACCCGAUUUCGACCGGAGCCAGAAGAAGAGCUUCUCACGGCUGUCCAUGCACUUCUUCUGAAGUGUUAUCAGCUUUCAAGAUUGACAAAGACUGAGCCUGUGCCGAAGAUGUUGCGGGCUGCGCUUGCAAGAGUGUGUCGGAAGCUCUUCGUGUUGCUUCCACACCAGAAAAAUGAAAGCCAUGAGGCAUUUGUUGAGGAGUUCAAGGACGCAUUCGAGCGUGACUUUACCCUGCUCGGAGACGAGCAUGCACAGCAGCAAGGCGAAGCGGCCGUGACUCUUUACGAGAUCAUGAAUCGCUUGAAGCGGUGGAAGAGCUUACUGCAACUGCGUGUAAAGAAGGUUGGUAAACGAAAUGCUGGUAAGCUUUAUCUAGAGCAGUACAGUCGUCACCUGAUGGAACUCAGCAGUUCCAACAUGGAGGUUCUAGGGCAGUACGUCUCGGACAGUGAGCCUAUCAAGGAUUUACACGCGCGUAUUCAGCACUUUGAGAGUACGGUGGACGUGCUGUUGCGUAACGGCUUUACUCAGCGACGUGUUGCAAUGGGUGGCAGCGACGGCCGAUCCUACUACUUCCUGGUACAGUACGCGAUGACGCACAUUACCCGCACAGAUGAAAGGAUGAUGCAGAUGUAUUUACUACUGAAUCGACUGCUGCUGCGCCACAAGGAAACCAGGAAGCGUAACACAGUCUUCCACGUGCCAAAGGUGAUCCCUCUGACACCACGCGUGCGGCUACUGGAGGACAACCGUGACUUUGUUACGCUUGGCGAAAUCUAUGAACUCGAUUGUCAAAUCGAGAACAAGGAUCCGGACGUUCCAGUUGAGUUGUAUCGAGAACGUGUGAGCGAAGCCUUUGCAGCGACUGGGGCAGAAAACAACCGGGGUAUGCAGGAAGAGGACCGUGUUGCGCAGGCAAAAGCCCGUGCAUUUCACGAAAUUUGUAGCGAGCACGUACCCGAGACUCUCCUGGCUAAGUAUGUGCACGGCAUCUCGGCGCAUGGUGACGCGUAUUUCCAGUUCCGCAGCGAGUUUACGAAGCAUCUGGCCCUAUCAAGUUUCUUGUCGUAUGCGCUCUUUGUCGGAGACCGCGCCCCCCACCGCGUGCUUUUCUCACGUCGCAUCGGUCGAGUAGUGAGCACGGAGUUGCGUCCUGGGUAUGCCAGCAGCGGGCUUUUGGAGGCGGCGACGACAAUGCCUUUCCGCCUUACACGCAAUCUACAUAGCUUCAUGACACGCGCAGGAGUACAGGGACCAUUCAGUAUCGGGAUGACAGCCACUGCGGAAGCCCUUAUGAAUGAAGAGGAUAUCCUGAGCGAUCAGCUGUGUCUCUUCUUCAGAGAUGACUUGCUCUCAUGGCACGCGUCAAAGACCCGACUUUUGUCUCUUGAACCGCAAACUGCUGGACGUGCAUCGUCGCCUAAUGCGUCCCCUGGUCCGGCUUCACCGGCACUGACACAGAGACGCGUGGAACUUCAAGUGCAGCAGCGCGUGGAAGCAAACGUGAGUCUUGUAAUGGAGAGAAUCCGCGGAGUAUCGCUAAAGAAGGAGAACGACAAAGCUCCGCGAGGAAAGGGUGUCGAAGAACUGCUCGAGAUGGCGACAAGUCCAGAGCGGCAGCGGGAAAUGUAUCCCACGUGGUCCCCAUGGCUGUAA